CCAACUCCUCCACCUCCUUCCCCCGCCUCUCUCCCAGCUCUGCCCAUUUUCUCCAAUCUCCCAAAAGAGUAGAUAAGCUGGCUUUCUCCCUCCUCGUGGCCUGACAGCGGAAUAUACGUUUUGCUCUCAGCCUUGUGGGCAAUGACCGUUUCUUCCUGGCUUCCAAGGGAUCUCGUCUGUUUCGAAAUGCAGGACUAACGCCCGCCUCCCCUUUCUUCUCCUCUGGCCCACUCACUUUCGGUUCUAUUCUUGAGUAGCUGCUGAAGUACUGUGAUAUUAAUACACUCUAUCUAAUGUCCCCUUUGGCAAGCCAUUGUGAACCUGUCCUAGAGGCAACGGAUCUUCCUGAAGCAGAACAACAAAAAGUGUCCGGUCAUGCUCCUCGAUUUCUCAUUGACAUGGGCCAACACAAUCGCCCAUCAAGACCCGAGAAAGAACCCCCCAAAUAUUUGUUCGUCAACGAUGACUUGCCCCCUCGUGAGCGGAGGGCGCAUGUAAUGCGCAACCAUAAUCAGAAAAGAGGUCUCCAACGGACGGGUCCACGGCCACUGAUUCGCAAUAAUCGAACCAGUCCCCCUGCACGAGCACAAACAUCACCCCUCACGGAUUCUAUGAGGUCUCCAUCGCCUGCCACGGUUCUCAAUUCGUUCAAGAAAGAUCCUUUUGACAGUUUGCCAGCUGUCAACUCUUUAGCCGACCAGGAGCUGGUUGAUGCAUGGGUGAGCAAGUUGAGCUAUUGGUCGGGUCAGAAUCAGUACAUCAAGCUGCAGGUUUUCAACACCGCUAAGGCCCAUCCAGUGUGCUUUCAAGCAGUCAUUCUUGCGUAUAGCGCUCGCUGGAGAGCCUCUCUAUAUGGUUAUAAAUCCAGCCCCGAAGCUGCGCAACAUCUGGUUAGAGCUUCCUCGAUGCUUGGAGAAACAAGAGGUCAGAGGAAUGAUGACAUUCUAGCCAUGGCCCUAGCUGGGAUGUCUUUACAUGAGAAUCGCUUCGGUGAUAGUGAACUUGCUGCCAUGAAGUAUGAAGACCAGGCAGUUGGAAUCUUGCGCCAUCGUCAGGGUCCUAGGGGAAUCGCCGAAGUAUUCCUGCAUUAUGUGCGAUACCUGAAGAUGCCGCCACGAGAAGCUUCACUGAGCAGUAAUAAGAAACGCUUGUUGAUCGACUUCCUUCGAGCUGCAGAAGACUUGAAGCUCGAACACAGCGCAGAUACUUACCUAUCCUCCGUUCCCCAGCGACGUACAGCAUUCCAAAUGUCGGGCCCGCUCUACCGCUCACUGUGUCCUGGGCCUUGGCCAACCGCGGUACCACAGAAUCUGCACAAGUAUGUAUUGAGCCCAAGACUACCCACUCACGAAGUCAGCCGCACCGCGUGUUUGAUAUACAUCACGAUCGCGCUGAGGGAAUUUCGGGAUGCACAUAGCAAGACGAUUCAAUUUCUCGCUCAUCUUCAUGAGCUUGUCACAGAAUACAAGCUGGACAGGAAUCCGGCGUUCGAGACAUUCACAUGGCUCCUUUUGGAGGAUCGCUAUAGUGCGGACUUGAGGGAUGAACAAGAUCGGGCGUGGCAGACGGGAGAGCUUCUGAAGAUGGCUAAACAACUACCACUCAACAUGCAGGUCCAUUUCAGUAAAAUCUUGUUUAGCUAUCUCAUGCUCGAGACUCCUGCUGUAGAUGUCAGAAGUUUUGAAAGGGAUUUAUAUGCUGCUGUGAGCUGAGUCUGUAUCAGGCUUAUACCCAGGGUUUAUUAUAGGUCUUUGCGGCGUUUGGGCGAUUCUGGAUUGUCGG